AUGCAACAGUUAUUCGUUCGUUAUCUACAGAACUGCAAAUUGCCAGCCGGUUAUCGUGAAAUUGGCCCACUAACUUCAGAGGAAAUUGUAAAAGCACAACACAGACUAAUUAUGUCAGCACAAAAUCUAUGUUUUGGAGAAGAAAUAGAAGCACUAAAAAGUGAUAAACCAAUUCCUAUGGGAUCAAAGUUACAACCACUGAACCCAAUCCUCGAUACAGAUGGCAUUCUACGCUGUGAUGGGAGACUAAAAUAUGAGUGUAUUGCCUGUGAGACAAGGUACCCGAUCAUUUUACCAAAGACACAACAUAUCACCAAACUAAUAAUCAAGAAUGCACAUCAGCUGGCAUUACACUCUGGAACAAAUUAUGUUCUCUCCCAACUCUCAGGAAAAUAUUGGAUUUUGUCAGAACGAGAAGCAAUCAGAGGUUGGGAACGGGAAUGCAAUGAAUGUAAAAGAAGAAAUGCCAAACCAGUACAACCAAAGAUGGCACCACUUCCAAAGUAUCGACUGGGAGGGUCACUGCGUGCUUUUACACAUAUUUCAGUGGACUUUGGUGGACCCAUCAUUACCGUGCAGGGAAGAGGACGAGCCAGAGUAAAGAGAUAUCUCUGUUUAUUUACCUGCCUGGAAGUACGAGCAGUACAUUUAGAAAUGACUUGGAGCCUACAUACAGAGUCCUUUCUUAAUGCAUUUUUUUCGAAUGGCAUCAAGAAGAGGUAUGCCAGAAAACGUGUUAUCUGA